UGCGUAAUAAGUUUCAAUAUCAGAUGAUAAUUUGAGUUUGUGACAACACAAUAUCAGCUGUCACUUUGUUGAAUAUUUUUAAUGAUUCUUUUUUUAAUUUAAAACGUGACACGUGAAAAUGAUGUCAGAAAGAGAUUAUGCACCCCUCAGUACUGCUUGUGUACGUUCCCUUAAUGACAAACUUUAUGAAAAAAGAAAACCAGCUGCUUUGGAAAUAGAAAAAAUGGUAAAAGAAUUUUCUGCACAUAAUAAUACUGUUCAAAUCAAACGACUUUUAAAAGUGCUUGGUCAAGACUUUGCUACCUCGCAGAAUCCACAUACAAGAAAAGGUGGUUUGAUAGGUUUAGCAGCAAUAGCAGUUGGCUUGGGAAAAGAUACUGGUCAAUACAUAGAAGAUUUAAUUCAUCCUAUUCUAGCUUGUUUCUGUGAUUCUGAUUUACGUGUAAGAUAUUAUGCUUGUGAAAGUUUAUAUAAUGUAGUAAAAGUAGCACGAGGUGCUGUAUUACCACAGUUCACAGAUAUUUUUGCAGCACUUAGUAAAUUAGCAUGCGAUUCUGAACAAAAUGUAAAAAAUGCUACAGAGCUACUGGACAGACUUAUGAAGGAUAUAGUAACAGAGAGUGGGCUGUUUGAUUUAGUUGGAUUCAUGCCAUUACUACGAGAACGUAUUUAUACCAAAAAUGCAUUUGGUAGGCAAUUUGUAAUAGCAUGGGUAUCAGUUUUAGAUGCUGUCCCUAAUAUGGACUUUAUUAUUUUUUUGCCUGAAAUUCUUGACGGUUUGUUUAAAAUAUUAGAGGACCCGACGCCAGAAAUUAAGAAAGUAACAGAUACGGUUCUUGGUGAAUUUUUGCGUAGUAUUAAGGCUAAUCCAGGAAGAGUAGAUUUUCCUGGUAUGAUAAACAUCUUAAUUACACAUGCACAAAGUACCGAUGAGUUAUUACAGUUAACAGCGAUAACGUGGAUUAAGGAGUUUGUACAAUUAUCAGGACCUCUUAUGCUUCCUUACAUGUCUGGUAUUCUUAUAGCAGUAUUACCUUGUUUAGCAUAUGAUGGAGAUACAAGAAAAUGUAUUAAGGAAACUGCAACACAAGUAAAUGCAAACUUAAUGAAGCUUGUAACAAUGGAAAACACGCAAGUUGUAAAUAAUGCCAGUGAAAAUGAUGUUCAAACCCAAAAAGAUUCUAGUCAAAAUCGUUCCUUAGCUGAAAGUUUAGAUUUGUCUAGUGUUGUUGAAGUACUAACAAAACACUUGAUGUACAUGUCAGUGCAAACAAAAGUUGCCGUUUUAAAAUGGAUUCAUCACUUAUUCAUAAACAUUCCUCAUAAAAUGUUUAAUCACAUUGAAAAUUUAUUUCCAAUUCUAAUGAAGUCAUUAAGCGAUAAUUCUGACGAAGUGGUGCAACAAACGUUGGUCGUAAUGGCCGAAAUAAUUAGUUCGAAGUCUCCCAAGGCAGCUACCACUGAUUCAAAUGCAGAAAUGCAGAAUAAAUAUUUCACGAAAUUUAUUGUAAAUUUGUUAAGGCUAUUCUCAACUGACAGACACUUGUUAGAGGAAAGGGGAGCUUUUAUCAUCCGAGAAUUAUGUGUACUAUUAAGUGCCGAAGAUAUUUAUAAGACAUUAGCAAAGAUAUUGUUAGAUGAACCAAAUUUAAGUUUUGCGUGUACAAUGAUUCAAACUUUAAGUGUCAUAUUGUUAACAAGCUCAGAGUUAUUUGAUUUGCGAAAUAAACUUAAAGAUUUAGAUUCAUUGGAAAGCUGUAAAUUAUUUAAAUGCUUGUAUGUAUCAUGGUGCCACAAUCCUGUUGCAACUGUAGCAUUAUGUUUUUUAUCUCAGAUUUACGGUCAUGCUUAUGAUAUCAUUAGAUCAUUUGAAAACAUAGAAGUUACUGUGGAAUUUCUCACUGAAAUAGAUAAACUUGUACAAUUGAUUGAAUCUCCGAUAUUUACGUAUUUGAGAUUACAACUUUUACAAAGAGAAGAUGCCUUAGUGUAUGCACUGUAUGGUUUGCUUAUGAUUCUUCCUCAAAGUGAAGCAUAUGCAACCUUACAAAGACGUUUAGCAGCAAUUCCGCCGACAACAAAACCAAUACCAAAAUCAGAAUCAAGUUCGAAAUCUUUUAAAGAUAGACUUGACUUCCCAGAACUGUUGAAACACUUCCACACUAUUCAAGAACAGCAUAAAGAACAAAAACUUUUUAGCUUUCCUGGAAGUCUGUCUACUAAAUGUAAGAAACUUUCAUAACGUUCCUUACUUUCUUGAGACAAACGGAAGACCGUUUGUGCCAUUUUAUACCAAUCAGCAACACAUUCGGACCGACUCACCAUGG